AUGGAGCGUCUCCCGGCGCCGCUCUUGUCGUCCAUUCUGGCAGUCGCAGUGCCCGGAUACACUGAAGACUUGGUCCCUUACAAGCGCAAGCUUCCCGGCGAGCUCCUGAAAGCCCUCGCGCUGGUGUGCAAGGCCUGGCUGGCUGUCAUCAAGGAUAUCGUAUCGCGCUUCCAGGCAUCCACGCUGACUUUGCACUUUCAGACGGGCUCCGAGUCGGAAUUGCAGGAAAUUCAGCGCCAAGCGUCCGACAAGGGUUCACAAGUGGUAGACCUGCGUAUUUGCAUCGGCAAACUCGUUCCGCGCCCAGGAUUCUACCGAAAUUCCGAUGCCAUAUCUCUAUGCAAGAGGGACGCCCCGCCCCUCGACGGUGUAGAUCUCAGUUGGGAUUCGCUUUUCCAAAGCUUUACCAAUCUAAAGCGACUGGAUCUAACUCUAAUGACUUUGGAGAGUCCCCACCUCUGGUUCUUCCGAGUCGUUUCCGAGCGAUUAGCCAAUUUGUUCCUCCGGACCCAAUCGAUUUGGUUGACUCGACACUAUGCCGUUUAUAAGGCUGCAGAAGAUUGGUGGCGUGCUGGCGACCAAAGGGGACUACGACAGCUCACGAUUCCAACGCUGAAUUAUGAUAACUGUUUCGCCUCGUGUGCCGAGUUCAUCAGAAAUGUGGUGAAGUAUUGCCCUACCGUGGAGUAUUUGGAUGGAUACGUGCACUCGGUUCGUGAUACAGACGUUCUAACUUGUCGAACGUUCUGGCCGCUUACGGUGAACUUGUGGGGGGAUUUUUGCGCUACGUGUACGAAUCUACGUGAGUUUAACUGGGUGAUUGCUCCAUUUGGAGACCCGUUCUUUGAAAUAUUCGGGGCAACUGUCAAGCCCCACUUAAAGAAGUUGACGUUCGGCAUCAAUAUGUUUUGGGACUGGGAAUACUACUUUCGCUGCUGUGACGAAGCCUCGGGGGUGGAGAGAAAUGCCGCAGCUUCUUCAACGAGACCAGGUUACGGUGUUAACGCUACUCGAGUUGCCAGCGCUCUGGAGGGAUGCCCAGCGCUGGAGGAGCUCCGUGUGAACUUGUAUCACCCGGUGGAUCCCGAGCACAGAGGUUUUAUAAUCGCUGCAAACAACGAUCAGAGGCUGUUUCCUCUCGAUGAGGUUGUGAAUAUGGACGCAUUCGAUGACCGCUUGUGUGAAACGCUGGCCACGUAUUGCCCAUUGGUGUCGUGCGUCGAGAUUAAAGAGGUUGCGCCUGGUCUCAAUCGUUCACUGUCCCCUAUCCAGACAUUCACGGAUGCUGGUCUAGAGUACCUGGCGAAACUCAAAUUCCUGAAAACUCUGCACUUGCGCCCGAUCAGCUGCACCGCUAAAGGAUUGCUCAAGUUCCUAAACAAUUUGUCCGACGAGUUUGCUGGGCAGCGGACGUUUGAGCUUGCUGUGGCUGGAAACACCAGAGCGUUGUCAAUGGACUUUUACGUGUUCCUUCAGGAGCUGUUACGCCUGCUAGGCGAUGCAACCCCCCAUGAGCUGGCGUGCGCGCAGCAGAAAUUCGUGCUUCGAGUAAUUAACUCAGGCGAGGCUGUGAUGCAAUCCGUUUGGGGUGAAAGUUACCUCAGCUCUUUGAAGAGCAUCAUCGAGAAAGUCACGAGAGUACACGAGUCAUUGAGGCUACGGGUUGUGAGCGCGAGGGAGCGUGGAACUACAGAAUUCGCGACUAUUCUUGAGUUUGGGAUUUACACACUGUCUGGCGAGCCUAGUCCAUCGUAUGGCUGGUGUAGGAGCGAAAGCAACAAAAUAUUCGUCGUCAAGACCUAUGAUUACACUUCAGACUAG